UUGUGUGUUUAUACAAAUGGAGAGCAAGUUACUUCAGUGUUCAUUGUUUUUUUUAUUUAACUUGAGCGGGAAAGUGACAUUAAUGGAUACCAAUAUGAGUAAAAUAAUACUAUUUCGGGCGGCUGCACUAAUUAACCACCAAAGACUCUCAGCAUAUUCCAUCAACCCAACCAUUUGCCCCCAGCGGCUUAUUGCUUUUAAAAAAAUGUGUUCUUGGAGUCCAAGUUGCUUGACUGGGCUGACUCAGGAGUCCUGAGGGACUGACAAGACUCCUAAAGCAGAAUAGAAGCUAUUGUGAAGCCACUGAGAUACUGCAUGUAUCCAUUUCACUAAUUGUGUCUCACUUUUUAAUUAGGCGUUUUUUUUUUCAAAAAAGGAGCCAUAUUUGUGUUUAAAAUAAAUCGAUGAUCAAUAGGUCCUGAAUACCACCCCCAUCGACUCUUAAAUUCACAUCACACCAAUCGCCUCUGCGCAGUCCUACUAUUGUUAUGCUGAUUGCGCGCAUCCGCCCAAGCUGUUUAUAUAGGACCAGAGGUUACAUGGUCUCAUCCAUAUGAGCUCUCAGUGCUGAUGGCCUCAGUGCUCUCCUUCUUGACAUCCACUCACAAAAAGCUAUUGUGAAUUUGACCAAUGAAAUCUGAUUCUUCUUUUUUCCACCUUGAAAGCAAAGUUUUCAACCAGCACAUCUCCACCACAAGUUGGGCAUAAGGCUUUGAGGAGGUGGCACUUGGAUCUGAAGCGCUGUUAGGACAGGUCAUUUGCCUCCAGCCUGUAAAAAUCGCAGGUUUGGGAAAUGUCAUCUUUCUUUUCAUCUCAUCCAGACCUGCAUGCUUAACACCCGAUAGCUACCCUGAGAGGAUUUCAGCAGAUUUGGAAAGACUGCCUGGCAGCUGCUCUGGAGAGGUGGAUUUGGGCGUUUUUUUUCUGUUAUUGUGGAUCACUCCGUGCUUAGUGUUUUUGCUUCUUUAGGCGGUGAAUGGUUGGCACAGCAAGCCCAGUGAUUCCUCUGAAACAUAUGGGAGUUUCAAGAGGACGGGGGUCUGGGAUCACCAAAGACUGAAACGCAAUCUCCCAUUUUCAGUGACUCAGCGAGCCUGUUACGCGAACAGAUAUUUCAGUUUCAGGGUUUCAAGAUGACAAUGGCAUCUAUCAAGUCCAUUGAAACUAUGCGUGGCCACUGAGCCGGACCUUGAAGAUUGAAUGAGCAUGUUUGGCACAGUACCUAUUCGUCUGAAUCCCCACCUUGUAGCAACAGGUUACGCACCUGGCCUCCCUCAAAUGCACUUAUAGCGCGCGGCUUUGACUUGACUCUUCUCUCGGCUCUGCGAUUUGUAUACAUGUCUCCCACCAUGGUGGAGCACAGCGGCCUGGACAUUAUGUGCCUGAACAAAUACUGUCACAGUUCCUCCUCGUCGUCCAGCUCCGAGCACGACAAGAAGAUUUUCUCCAAACUAAAACGCAGUUUGUCAGGGGACUAUCCGAGGAAGAACGCAGAGAUCCUCAGCGGCCAGUACGGGACCAAUGUGCUGCUGAUCGGGGCGGCGUUGAUGUUGGCUAUUGCGCACCACGGCCCCUCUGUCAAGGAAGAGCACCUGCUGUCCUUUGUCACCUGCCUCAUGAUCCUACAGCUGAUCUGGAUGAUGUGGUACAUCCUGGUGCGGGACAGACAGAAGAACACGCGGACAGAGAAAGAUGUCCACGCCACCACAUGCUGGAUAAGAGGUGGUUUGACGCUCCUCGCACUCCUUUCACUGAUUAUGGACGCUUUCCGAAUCGGGUAUUAUGUUGGCUAUCAGUCUUGUGUGUCGGCGGUGCUCGGGGUAUAUCCUGUCAUCCAUGCAACUCACACCAUAGCGCAGGUGCAUUUUCUCUGGUUUCACAUCAAAGAUGUCAUCAAGAGCUUUGAAACAUUUGAGAGAUUUGGUGUAAUCCAUGCAGUCUUUACCAACCUCCUCCUGUGGUGCAACGGUGUGAUGUCAGAGGCCGAACACUUCUUGAACAACCAUAAGAGAAGACUCUCCGCCCUGGGUUAUGGAAACCUCACUAUAGUGCACUCAGAGCCUCACUGUAACUGCACCACCAGCACUUGCUCCAUGUUCUCCAGCAGCCUCUACUAUCUCUAUCCCUUCAACAUUGAGUACCACAUCUUCGUCUCCGCCAUGCUCUUCGUCAUGUGGCAGAACAUCGGACGGACCAUUGACCUUUCUUCAAACCGGAAAAGGCUGGCUACCAAAACCCAGGGCCUGACCUUAGGCCCCAUCCUAGGUCUUCUUGCACUGGCCAGCACUAUUGGGAUCCUGGUGGUCUACAUCACCCAUGUAGAGGAAUCCCUCAAAAUGCGUCAGUCAGCCAUUUCCAUGUUCUACAUAUACGGCAUUAUCAUGCUGGUGUUUAUGUGUUCCGCCGGUACUUCAGGUCUGCUUAUAUACCGAGCGGAUCACAUACCGCUGGACACCUCCAAAAACCCGUCCAGACAGCUAGACACAGAGCUGCUGUUUGGGUCCUCUAUCGGCUCCUGGCUCAUGUCCUGGUGCAGCAUAGUGGCUGCAUUAGGCACCAACAGCAGUCCUCCUUACCGCUGGACCAACCUUGUCUACUCUUUGCUUAUUGUGCUGGAGAAGUACAUCCAGAACCUUUUUAUCAUAGAGUCCCUAUAUCGCCAGCAAGAGGAUGGAGAGAGGGAGGACCCUGAGUUACCAGCUGCUCCAGAAAUCUUCUCAGUGACAUCCUCUUUGGCCCCACCGUACAACGGCAUCAUCAACCGAGCCUAUGAGACUCCAGACAGGGCCUGUGUCACCAUGGAGAACGAUCAGGAGGAGAGCGGCCAGGUGUACAGAUGUCCGAGGAAACCUUCUGAGGUGCCUCUGCCUGUAGGAAACAAAGUAGUGGAGCCCCCAAAUAUAAAGAGGCAAAUCCUGAAGAACAUCGCUGUCUUCCUGCUAAUGUGCAACAUUUCGCUGUGGAUCCUUCCCGCCUUUGGCUGCCGGCCACAGUACGACAACGGGUUGGAACAGGAGACAUUUGGCUUCAGCAUAUGGACCACAGUUCUCAAUUUCGCCAUUCCUUUGAACCUUUUCUACCGCAUGCACUCAGUUGCCUCCCUCUUCGAGGUGUUCCGCCGGGUCUGACAGAAUAGCAGAUAACUGACAAUGCCAGAUAACAUGCACAGGAACACUUGUCACCAACGGCUCCCGAGAGUGUCUCACAGCGCAGGUCAACCGUUCAGGAGGCAGCCUGGGUCACACUCCAACAGACUUGAAAGCAAGCAGUGGAGACAAACAAACUGCAGAUCCCUCAGUGUGGGGAUUACAGAGGAAGACAAACCUAUUAGCCUACGUUCCUUGAAAAAUUACCUUGUAUAUUGUGCAAGGCUUACUAAAGAUAGUGAUAAAAUGAACCUUUGGGUUCAAGAAUUUCAAAAUGGCCCUUUGUACUUUUUGUCAUGUAAUCACAUUGCAGUAGAUUUUCCUCACUGGUGCAUCAUGUUAAAUGUAAAUGCUGUAUCUGACAUGCACAUUUUGUACUGUUUCAUAUUAGUAGCUGAAAGUAUAUCGCAAAAAAUACUCCAGCUAAGCCACUGAAACACCUGUUAGUCUCACACAUCUAAUAAGGUAAUAGUACUGUAUUUAACAGAGCCACAAGUGCAUUGAUAUACCACUUGACCCAUAUUUUAUCUGCAUGUGAAAUGUUCAUACUGUAUAUGGAUAUGGUUCUCAUUUACUUUUCUUAGUAGUUUAAUAGAACAGUAUGCAACACUUGAGCUACAACGAUAGUGACAAUCUUAGCACUAUAUUUUAUGAGUUGGACUAUAGUUCUCAGAAGUAGGACCUGCCUCUCUCAGUAAUUUAAGGUUCAUUAAUGUCCUUUUGUAUGCUGAUUCUCUGUUCUGUCACAUUGAAUGGUAAGUUAUGUUCAAAAUUAUGUUACUAGGUAGCACUGUUUUGAAUAACUGGAGUCCUGUGAUCUGUAUCCACAUUAUGUUGAGAAGUGCAAGGUGAGAUAACAAAUUUCCUGUCAAAAAAGGCUUCCCUUUUAUACCCUGAUAACACUGAAUUCAUGUAUGUUAACAUGAAAAGGCACUGGUUUAAUAUUGUUCAAAUCAGAUGCGUCUACAUUAUUAAAAAUGGUAAUCUUGCAUCAGAAUAGUUCCAGGAUUAUUACACCAAAACUAUAUUGGUGAUGAUCAAAUGUUGUUGUGAUGACAACUGCAACACCAGACCAGAGAUUGUAUGUUUACACCUGAAGGAUCAGCAGUAAAAACCAUCCCUGUCUGUGACAUUAAUUAUUCUUUUAAAUAUAAAACACAGAUAUACUGUAUACUUGUACUGUAAAAUUUUAUAUCAAAUCAAUGUAUAGCUUCAGUCAGCAAGUUCUCAACCUGGUGCUAUCCACUGUCUGUAUUCUCGCUAUGUGCCAACUUGUGGUAAAAUCCUUGUUUUUUUAGGUGCAAACUGCAAUAUUAUGUCAUCUUUGUAAAUACUGUCAUACUGAUCAAAAUCAUUCAGACACUGUGAUACAAUUUUGUGAAAUUCCAAUGAAAUGGUGCUCAUAUGAAAUGAAGUGUACAAUAGUGAUGAAUGUAUAUCUUUCACCUAUUGAAAUAAAGAAUAGUUUUCUUUUUGUCUUAUACAA